AUGCCAGAUGAAAGUCCUGCUAAGAGGAAGAUUGAAACUGAAGAGACGCUACAAAACAACAAGUUGAAGAGAACGAGGCUGAUUGGACAUGAAGACUUGAGGUCGUCGAUCGCUGAAGAAGUCAAGCAGAUAUUUGAAAACCGCAUCAGCAGGCUCGAAACAAGGGUUUCUGUGUUGGAGAAGAUUCUCGAGUUUGGAGGAGGAAGCGAAGAUGCCAAAGAAGACGUGGAAAUUGAGAGCGCGGAGACGGAUAUUAAAGUUGACAGUCAACCACCACCACCAAGUGAAGACAAAAGUGGUGUCAAGGACGAAGAAGUGAAACAAAAAACCCAGCCGCCCGCCCUUCCUCCGAGAGCCAAGGCGGCAUUUGGAGGCACUGCGUUUCAAUUCAAGCCAUUGACAAAUGGAGCGACGAGUAAACAACCCGACGAUAAUAGAGUAGUAGAGCACAAAGAAACAGCACGGAGCGUGCCUGUUAGCUCGAAGCCUGUCUUUGGCGCCACCACAUCGUUUGGAAACAUGGGCAAAAGCAAAAGCAAUAGCAAUAAUACCGCGGCAUCUGCAACCACGUUUGGAAGCAAGCUGACGCACUCUGUGGAUAAAAAGCCAUCAGACUCAACCACACAAACAGACAAGCCAAACCAGCUGCCUGUCACUUUCGGUUCAACGUUUGGAUCCAAGUCGAGGUUCGGCAACGCGUUCCAAGACUCAAUCAAGCAAAAAUCGUUUCUAGACGAUGACGACGACAAUGACGACACCGACGACGAUGAUGAUAACGAAGACGGAGGCAACAAAGAUAAUGCAAGUCGUGAAAACUCGCUGGGAAGCAAGGAUAAAGAAGCAUUCCAUGGCGGUAAGGAGGAACUACAAACUAGCACUACAACUCACCAAUUCCAACAGGUUGACCUCAACCCCGUAGAGCAAACGACGGGUGAAGAGAAUGAGCUGUCGCUAUUCACAUCCAAUGCUAAGCUAUUUGAACUUGACUUGUCUAAAAUCAGCGAAGGAUGGAAAGAACGAGGUGUUGGACCAUUGCAUUUGAAUCAGUCUAAAGAUGAGGCCAAAUCGGUUAGACUCGUGAUGAGAUCGCAGGGGCUCUUGCGAGUGAUUCUAAAUUACAAAAUAGCUAAAGAGACGGAGAUAUUGCGCGGUUUAGAAGCUAGUUUGGCCCCGGGGAAAUACCUUCGAUUAAACUCCGUGAAUGCCGAGGGUCGGCCCGUGCAGUUUCUCAUCAAAUUUGCCAAUGAGAAGUUGCGAGAUGAGUUGAUUGACCAGAUAGACAAGUUGAAAUCGGGAAUGUGA